AUGCUAGCUACAGCGAUCGUCGAAGCACCGAUCCUACUGAAUACCCCUUCAGAUCGGAUUGUGCUCACAAAGACUCGGAUCUCAUACCUUCCAAGACCUGUCAUCCCCAGAGUUGAGCCCGACACUCCGGCCAGCAUACCACCUGUCUCCUCGGCUCGUGCAAAGGCGGAAGAGAUCCUCAAUAUCGUGGAAACAUAUGGCUCCCAUGGACGCACCAGUGCUGCGGGUGAGUGGCUCGGCCGAGCAUCUUUCGCUCCGCGGGUGGAAACCCAUGUCGUCGCCAACCGGGCUAUUCCAAUGGUCUUGCCUGCUUUUCCAAUGAAGAGCAAUAAUCGAAUGGACAAGGUGCUCGGUGCAUUCCCGGACUUGGGUGAAGAACUCGGGUUGGCCAGGUUGGUCAAUCUGUGUCGAGAUAUCAAGGCUGUUUAUGCGCCUGGUGCAAUUGUAGUCAUUGUCACGGAUGGAAUCUGCUAUAAUGAUCUCACUGGAAUCCCAGACGAAGAAGUCUGGGAGUAUGGGAAUCGACUGCGGAAGAUCGCUGCUGAGAGGGGAUACGCUUGUAUCCAGUUCCAUCGCAUCAUGAACAUGCUAGGUCUCUAUUCUGCCGCCCGGAUCUCCCAGGCCGAAUAUGUAAAGUUGUGCGACAUUUCAAGAAAGGAGAUUCAUCGGAGAUGUGGACGGCCCGGAUUCGAUGUUGAUAAGUUGCUGAAGAGCGAUGAAGAUUACUUACGGACAUACAAUGGAUACGACAAGUUUAUGAAAGUCGAUUUGAAGUUCAGUCCAGUGACCAAGGACUGUGCCGGGCCCAAGCAAUAUAAAAAGAGAAUAAAAUCAAUUGCGAAGACCAUGAUAGUUCGAGGCGUGGAGUACGCAGAGCUGGUGCGCCAGAUCUACCCAGAUUCACUACGGCUCUCCAUCCACCCCUCUUCUGGACAAACCAAGUUAUCCUGUCCACUUAUUCCGCAAAAAGAUUCAUUCUCAAUGAGCCCGUGGCAUUGCAGUGUUGCGGUGCUUGUAAAUGGCAAGUUCAUCACGGCACACAAGUCUUCUCAUCGACAGAAUUUUGAUCUCAUUGAGAAGAAUGGUCAGCCAUGCUUCUUCCGGGAGAGCUCUCCGCUCUUCAAAUGGGAUGCUAUUGUGGACUUUGAACAUCUCUAUGGGCAGAAUCUGGUGGUGCGAAUGCAGAAGAAUUGUGAGCCCUCGGACUCGGACUUGGAUAAGUUGGCGCUUUUAGCCAUACAGCACAACAGUGUGAUGGUCAUGCUUGACUAG